CCUCACCAACUUACGAUCCCGUAUUACUCGCGUGGCCAAAAAGCAAAGCACCUUACAUUGUACCUGCACAGGAGAGAGCGGAUCUCUGAGCUGCACUACCUCUGAUUGGCGAUAUAACAAAUUCGACCACGAAAGCUGUGCGUUCGUAUGUGCAAACUGGAGAGUCAAAACCAACACACAGUGAAAGAAAGGCGCGUACAGCCGCGACUUUCCAGACCAGGUAUUCCAGGAAGGGCCAGAUCCGAAAUGCACCGACGCAGUACUCUUUUCUCGAAUCCACUGUCGAUAUGUCUGAAUCUCAAGAGCUUCAUCCGUAUGACUGAAAUAGAACGUGUCAAACACCGAAGGCAACUACCGAUCACAAGCCAGGCAGCCCUUCCCAAGGGCUGCAACCAAGUGACCAGCUCGCAAAAGGACUACACCUCCAAAGUCCUAGUAGAGCCACCCACAGAACCAUCCCUUAUCGCAGACCACCGCUUUCCCAGUCUCCGAGCCCUCACAUCAGACGCCGAAAUCGGCGACGGACUCUGGCUAUGCUGCCACUGUCGUCAUGAGAACAUCCUGCGCCACUACGCCGGCCUAUUCCCCUUCAAGCACUUGACAUGUCGCCGUUGCACCCGCAUCGUGUGCAGCCAUUGCCACACCACCGAAAUCCUCUCGCCGCUUCCGUUCGGCAUGGUUCAUGCGCCCGCGCCGGCUCAGGGGCGGGAGCCGCGGUAUCUGCACGUGUGCACGGCGUGUGGUCUAAGCCAUCGUGCUGAGAUGGUAGGGUCGACGAUUGACUUCUAUGGCGUCACGUGUCAGGGAUGCGGUGCCUCGUCGUAUGGCGACUGGCCCAGAUUCUGUAUUGGGUCGGUGGAGCCGUACAGGCGCGAUCCGGAUGCGAGGUAUGUGCGGCUUGUAGAGCAGAAGGCCGAGAGGGCUGUGUGCCAGAGAUGUUGCUGGGACGAGGAAGAUCGAGCGGUGUCGCAGCUGAGCUGCAGGAAUGGGGAUGGAGUGGCGUGCAGUUGAGGAAGGGCGCAGGGUGGCCUAGAGGAUAGGAGGUGCCCCUCGUUAUGCGUUCGCUCUUUCCAUCUAUUGCUACUCGUAUACCUCUUGUCAUCCGCUCAGGCCCUUAAUGUUUGUUCGCUCGAAUGUUUUGCACUCUGCACCAGCGGACGAGGGUGUGAGAGACAAUACGCUCUGCCUACUCAGAGGUGCAUAUGUUCGGAAAUAUGGGCAGCUCUGAGGUAGAGCGAUGGUGGUGAGGGGCAGGCUAUUAUACUGCGUGGUACAGUGCGGAAUGUCGCGGACCGAUUGAGGAGGAUGUCAUGCCAAGCAUGCGGUUGUCAUACACGUUCAAGCAACAACAAACAGUG